AUGCCAUCCUUUCCACUCACACCCAAACAAUUUGUUUCCACCUCUCAUCCAUGUACUCUAUCAGAUAAUAGUUUAAAACAAUUUUUUGAAAAGGCUUGUCUUUUUAUCCGAGAUAAAAUUCAUCAUCUUGAAACACUUGAUCAGAAGAGAGAAGUUUUAGCAAAAAUCAAACAGGAAACAAUAGAAACGAUUAAUCAAGUUUUAAAACUAUACGGUUAUGAGGAUUUAAUUUCCGAGAGUGAAAAGUUUUGGUUGACUGAAUCUUUUGCAAAAGAAGAUGAUGGAAAGAAGAUUUCUAUUAGAAUUAUGAUUGUAAUAUUUCUUUAUGCUGGAUUGUAUACUAAAAUGGUUGAAGAGUUAGAUAGUGAACCUAUAUUACAAUUCUUUAGUUAUAUUGAAGAAAGUGUUGCACCUGGUAUUGUAAAGUGUGCAAAGGAAAUUGCUGCAAAAGCAAUAUUAAAAGAAACUGUCAAUUCAUUUCAAAUGAAUAUUAUGGAUGAUAUGCAAGAUUGGCAACACAUAAUUAUGCACUUUUAUACAUUGUUGCAGGUUGACUUCACAACUUGGGGCAAACAAUCAAUUUAUGAAUUUGGAGAGAAGGGAUGUUCUUCAUUAUCAUGUUUCACAAUGUUGGCUUUAUUGAAAUACUUUUCAGAAAAGAAGGAAAAAUUCUACAAGGAUAAUACUAGUGGACAAGAGUGGCGACUGCGAGAACAAGAUUCUGCACUAUUACGUCAAAUUUUAUUGUUUUGGUCUAUUUUUCAAGAGUUUAUGGAUAGACGUUCAGUUGAAGAUGAUGACAUUUCAGAUGAUGAUGAUUCGGAAGAUGAUUCGGAAGAUGUAAUUCCAAAGAGAAAACUUCCUCACAAUAUGGAUUCACAAGCUAUUAGUACUUUAAAGGGGUUCUAUUGUAUAAUAUUUGUAUUUUACUUACCAAUAUUGGCAGAAUGUAUUUAUGACUUUUCAGAACUUCCAAAUACAGAAUUAAAGCAAUUAUUAGGGAAUCAAAAAGUGAAGGAUGAAACUUCAGAUGUUGCCAAUUCAGUAUUGGUUUAUAUUUCUGGCUCCAAACCAUUGAGUGCACAAUUUAUCAAAUCCCUCAUAGAUAAGGACUAUGAGGAAGUGAAGGAUUUGUCCAACUCUUCAAUUAUCAAUAAUGUAAAUUCUAGAAAUUGUGGAAAAUAUGUUUGGAUUGUAAAAACGAAAAUUUUAAAUACUAUUUGCUUAAAUUUAGAAGAAUUGUGUACUCCUCCAACAGAUGCAGAGUAUAGUACUAGUUUUGCCAAGCUAGAAUUUGCAUUGGCUUUUGUAUUCCCUUUUGGAGAUUUUCUAAUCAAUACCUUGAAUGAAAAUGAUGACUAUCCAUCAAAUACUAUUUUAAAACGAAUUGCUACGCUUGCUUCCCUAUCACUCAGUAGACUAUUUCUAUCUGGUAAUGAAAUCAAAUUGCAACAACUUAUUAGGAGAAAUUCAAAAUUCAAAAUACCUUUUAAUUACCUUUCAGAGUUUAAUUUGAAAAUUUUAGAAAUAUGGAAAAGGAAUUUAUAUUCAUCAGAUGAAAUAUUGAGGGAGAAUACAUGUUUUUCAUUAUCAAUCUAUUUUAGUGAAGUACAUGAAUCUAGAAUCACUGAUGAUUUGAUAAAAAGUGUCAUCAAAUCAUUUGAAGCCAACAUUUCAAACAUGUCACAAUAUAGCAUCUUAUUAAGUGCUCUAAUUGAUAAGAUUGAAUAUUCUGAUAGUCCAUUUGUAGACGAUUUUAGAAAUUUAUUGACUCGUCUAUUUGAAAUUAUUUGUAAAUCUAAUAAUGGAGUGGAAUACAUGACACAAUCAAAUAUUUCAGAUGAACAGAAAGCAGAAAAUCACAAGAAGAAUAUUAUUUUCUAUUUUGAAACUCUACACGAUUCGUAUGAUUUUAUUAAGGAUGGAUUUGAAUUCAAAACUAUACUUUUAUAUAUUAAGGAAAAGAUUGAAGAAAUAUGGAGAGAUGGUACUCUUCAAGAGCACGUUGAAAUUGUAUCAGCGUACAUUGUUGCUAUUAAGGAAAUUUCUAGAAUUACUAAUUUUGAAUCUAUUUGUAAUUUUUUCAAUGAGAGCAAUUACUUUACCUUCUUGACCAAGUUGAUACGAUCUUAUAUUGAAUAUACUGAGAUUUCAUCAACUACUUCCAGAGGAUCUAUUUAUCAGUUAAUUGGAAUUCUGAGUAAUGUUGGACUAUUGGAUUUGUGUCCUUUUGAUAAUGAUGGUCAUGAUACAAAUACAACAACAUGUGAUAUUAAUAUUUCAACAAUUAUAGGAAAACGCUUUGUCUAUGACUUUAUAUUACCAACAAUAUUUGAGGAAGCUUUACCUCCUAAAACUUUCUUUACUGAUCAAAUUAUCAUUGAUGCAAGUAAUUUAUCAAAACGUAUAGAUACUCUCACUCAUGCCUCUUGGGCACUUGGAAGAUUAAUGUAUAACGAUUUACUGAGAAAUGAUGGUAAUAGAUCACAAGCUAUAUUUGCCCAAAAUAUUGAUCGAUAUCUUAUGGUUGUGAAAUACUUGACAAGUUAUGAUUUUUACACAACUGAAGAGAUUAGAAAUCUACUAUUAACUUAUCAAGAUAAGAUACUAGUCUCUGGUUUAUUACUUGUUCAAUCUAGAGCAAUUGAGUUAAUAGGAUUACAAUUUGGUAAGAUUUUUUCAUCCUUAUGUGAUAUUGUUGUUGAAGAAAUGCAGACGAAUGGUGCAGGUGAUAUUUCCCUUUUCUUUUCAUUAAUUUUAUUAACUGAUUACAUGAUGGAUUAUCAUCCUGAAUCAAUUGCCUUAGAUGAAGUUGCUGUCUUUUUUGCACCAAUUCUACCUUCACUUCUUUUGGGAUGUAAUACUUAUCAAGCCUCUCUUGUUAAAAGAGUUUUCAAUAAGGUUGUUUUGAUUGAUUAA